AAUAGAUAUUGGGAACACCGGCACUUUGUUCUCAGGCGCAGAAGAAGCUAGCUAAUCAGUUGGUGUUGUAGUCCAAAAAAAGAUCUUUCUAAAAUGGCGGUAGCAUCAACAUCUCUAGUUUCUCAAAUGUCUGGCCCAACUUCUCACUUCUCUGGCCUCCGUAAAUCAUCUUUCUCCAAGCUUGAUACCAUCUCUACUUCUCAGGCUUUGUUCCACAACGUCGAUUCUCACCUCCGCCUUUCUUCCUCCCGAAAAGCUUGUAGAGCCGUCGUCACCAUGGCCGGCUCUGGAAAGUUCUUUGUUGGUGGAAACUGGAAAUGUAAUGGAACAAAGGACUCCAUAAGCAAGCUUGUCUCUGAUCUGAAUAGUGCUCAGCUCGAGUCUGAUGUUGAUGUGGUUGUAGCACCUCCCUUUGUGUACAUUGAUCAAGUAAAGAAUUCACUCACCGACAGGAUUGAGGUUUCUGCCCAGAAUUGUUGGACUGGAAAAGGAGGAGCUUUCACGGGUGAAAUCAGUGUAGAACAGGUGAAAGAUCUUGGCUGUAAGUGGGUCAUUCUUGGUCAUUCGGAGAGGAGACACGUAAUUGGAGAAAAUGAUGAAUUUAUUGGCAAGAAGGCUGCUUAUGCUUUGAGCCAAGGUGUUGGCGUUAUAGCCUGUAUUGGAGAGCUGUUACAAGAUAGAGAAGCGGGGAAAACUUUUGAUGUCUGUUUCCAGCAAUUGAAGGCUUAUGCAGAUGCUUUACCAAGCUGGGAUAAUGUUGUCAUUGCAUAUGAACCUGUCUGGGCUAUUGGAACUGGUAAAGUUGCCACGCCUGAGCAGGCCCAGGAGGUACAUGCAGCUCUUCGCGACUGGCUUACUAAGAAUGUUUCAGCAGAAGUUGCUUCUAAAACACGCAUUAUAUAUGGAGGCUCCGUGAACGGAAGCAACUCUUCUGACCUUGCAAAGAAAGAAGACAUUGAUGGUUUUCUAGUCGGAGGUGCUUCCUUAAAGGGUCCGGAGUUCGCGACCAUUGUUAAUUCUGUGACUUCGAAGAAGGUGUCUGCUUGAUGAUUUGUCAUGGGUUUUCAUCAUGGAGAAAUAAACAUCAUAGAGAAACACUAGACAAUAAACUAAUGGUUCAGUUUUGCCAACUCUUCCGGCCUUGUAACAUGCUUUCCAUCCAUCUCUUUGAUUAAAAAGCUGUACUAGCAAAAUCAUGAGCUUUAUUGUUUAGGCUGCUUGUAUUGCGGGGUU